UCUGCUGUGCAGUCUAAAGCCUGAAUUGUGACUCCCAGCAGCAGCUCCUGCAUUUGCAUUUGAUGCAGACUUCUUGCAGACUUAAGUCGGGGGACCCAGCACCGCGGAUGACUCUGAAUUUAUCAAAACUUUUCUGAUUGGAGGUUUAAGCCGCAAAGAAACACUAAGAAAGUAGCCUAUUUUCACUUAGAUAUUUAAACAUAGUUCAAGUUAAAGGCGUAGUUUGGGUGUGAGUUGUGUUAAGUGUAUUUAAAAUAGCUCCGGUUUAAAGGAGUGCAGACGGGACUAGGUUUCCUGGCGGAGUAGCACUAAAUUCAGAGCGCAACAGACUACCGGUGCACAGUUCACCGCUGAGCCUGAGCCAGACAGAGUGAACUAAAACUGGAGGAUUUAACUUUGGGGUGCAUCGGUGUGGCGUUUAAUAAACAACAACAAUUUAUCUUUAGCUAAUCGAUAUCACUUUCACAUCCACUGUUUGGACCGUUUAAAGAGCAGUUCCUGUGUUUUGUCCAAACCGCCGCCUGGACUUCUCGACACUGGAAGGACUUAAACUGAACCCAAGAUGUCAAUUUUGCCUUUCACUCCCCCCAUUGUCAAAAGACUUUUAGGCUGGAAGAAGGGAGAGCAAAACGGCCAGGAGGAGAAAUGGUGUGAAAAAGCGGUGAAAAGUCUGGUGAAGAAGCUCAAGAAGACGGGGCAACUAGACGAACUGGAGAAAGCCAUCACCACCCAGAAUAUCAACACAAAAUGCAUCACUAUACCGAGGUCUCUGGAUGGCCGUCUGCAGGUCUCCCACAGGAAAGGUUUGCCUCACGUCAUCUACUGCCGUCUGUGGCGCUGGCCCGACCUGCAGUCCCACCAUGAGCUGCGGGCGGUGGAGCUGUGUGAGUACGCCUUCCACACGAAGAAGGAUGAAGUGUGUGUCAACCCAUACCACUAUCAGAGAGUAGAAACGCCAGUACUCCCACCAGUGCUGGUGCCCAGACACACAGAAAUCCCCAGUGAGUUCCCACCUCUGGAUGACUACAGCCAUUCAAUCCCAGAAAACACCAACUUCCCUGCGGGCAUUGAGCCCCAGAGCAACUACAUACCAGAAACGCCACCACCAGGCUACCUCAGUGAGGAUGGAGAGACCAGCGAUCACCAGAUGACCCACAGCAUGGACACAAGCUCCCCAAACCUGUCACCUAACCCUGUUUCACCUACACACAGCAACUUAGACCUUCAACCAGUGACAUACUGCGAGCCGGCCUUCUGGUGCUCUAUUUCCUACUACGAGUUAAACCAGCGAGUAGGAGAGACCUUCCACGCCUCACAACCCUCGCUGACAGUGGAUGGCUUCACGGACCCCUCCAACUCAGAGCGUUUCUGCCUGGGCCUGUUGUCCAACGUCAACCGCAACGCAGCUGUGGAGUUAACGCGCAGACAUAUUGGCCGUGGUGUGCGGCUGUAUUACAUCGGAGGAGAAGUUUUUGCCGAGUGUCUCAGCGACAGCGCAAUCUUUGUCCAGAGCCCCAACUGUAACCAACGCUACGGCUGGCACCCUGCCACAGUCUGCAAGAUCCCUCCAGGAUGUAACCUGAAGAUCUUCAACAACCAGGAGUUUGCUGCCCUGCUGGCCCAGUCAGUCAACCAGGGCUUUGAGGCUGUGUACCAACUCACCAGGAUGUGCACCAUCCGCAUGAGCUUCGUCAAGGGCUGGGGAGCCGAGUACAGGCGACAGACGGUGACCAGCACCCCCUGCUGGAUUGAACUGCACCUGAACGGCCCCCUGCAGUGGCUCGACAAGGUGCUCACACAAAUGGGCUCCCCGAGCAUCCGAUGCUCCAGCGUCUCUUAGGGAAACCCUUCAUCCACCCACUUCCUGUCAGUGACUAAAAAAACCACACAGACUGCACACAGGCAAGAACGGCUACACAAGUACAGAAAAAUGACGAGCCUCCCCCUCAUUCAGCCAAUCCUCAAUCUGUAACUUAGUCCUUCCUCCCCACCAGCUGUCAGUAGCACUUUUUAUAUACAUGUUGUUUGUGGCAAAAGGGGACUAAGUGCAUUAAAGCAGUACCAUGUUAGCAUGAUCUCAACAUUUUGUCCAGAAUUGGAGAAUUGGAUGGCGUUUUUGAAGUGCCAGAAAGGCUGUAGCAAUGACAGGAGGUUUUUUGGUUUUUCAGUUAAAAGAUUCUUAUUUCUUACUUUUUGUUUAAAUUUCAUUUUUCAUGAUUUUUACAUUCAUUUUGUACAGAUGCUGAAGUGAACAGUGGAUUUAAAAAAACAAACUCCAUUUUUUUUUUUUUUUUUUUUUUUUUUUUAAGCAUUAAUAACAAUUUUGUAAAGCAUGUAUAAGAUCAUGCAUUUCACUUGACUUUGUUUCUGUAUGUGGGCAUUUGAUGGGUUAUGAAGACAUUUAUAAAUGUGACCCAGUGAGACAGAUUGAAAAUGAAUAAUAUAAUGGAAAUGUUCAACAACUCUUUCUAAACACUGUGUGAAGGAAUAUACUGUCAGCUUAGUACAAGCAUUUGAUUAGGUUUUCAUGCUGUCAUAUGCAGCCUGUUACUCUGAUAAGGCAAAUACAGUGUUUAACUACAGAUUUGAGUUUCAGACAAACAAAUGAUCAAGAAAGAAAUCAUUCUUAAGAUUAAGCAGACAGGAGUUACAUCUCUUAAUACCCGAAUAUGAGUACUUAAAGACAGUGGCAUUCAUCAAAUGUCAUCAGGAGGAUGAUGCACUUUUGUAAAAUGUUAAUAUUCUAGUAAAGCAAUGUUGGUUAAUGUACAUUCAAUGGCAGUUGUAGCUCACAGCUGCAAUAGUUCUUGUCAGAAGGUUAUAAGAAAUAUAUCCUGCAUUCAUUUCAGGAAGCUUUGCCAAUUUGCAAAAUACUUUUGCAGCAUCGUAUUGUGUAGUAGGUAGUAUAUGAUAGGCUAUUACAUAGAACUUGAAAACAUCUCACAUACUGUCUGCAAACCUUUAGUUAAAUUAUAAAUUGAACACACAAAAUGUAGUUGGAAUACUUGUGUGCGAUAUGAAUGCAGAACAGAAGGCUGUGUAAAGAGAGCAGGAAGAUGCCUUUGCUUUUUUUAAUUUUCUCUCUCAGCAGUCCAUAACAUUGGUGUUAUUUUUAGCCAUCAGUGAUAUUGACUUUUUGCACACUCAGGACGGUAAAAAUUGAAUUAUGUACAGGAACCAGCGAAAAGGACAGAUGCAUGACUCUCAAGACUAGUCUAUUUUGCUACCAAUUAUUUUUAUAGGGCAGUAAGGUGACAACGUGUUGUCUGCUCCAAGGGUUUUUGCAUGACACGACAGGAAGUACUGCUAGCCGGUCUGGGGAUACAAACCUUGUAUUUUUUCUACCUGUAAAGACGACGCAGUUUUAGUACAAAGCACAGCUUUUUACAAAGGGAAAUGUUUAGACAGAUCAAGGCAUGUAAUUGAAGGUAGCUUCUCAAAAUGUGAUGUUUUUUUAAGGUCCAUGUACAUGUAGUACAUACAUGUUUAUAAUGUGACCGUUAACCUUUUAUAAUGUUAAUGUUAAUGGUUUUGGAAACAUGAAAAAAGAAGCUCAAAGAUGAAAAAAGAAAAUGUUGAGAAAAGCUUUUUGCUGAAAUAGAAAAGCAUAGUCUUUGGUCCCGUUUCCUUUCAGCCACCCACUGUGGUGGAAGUGGAUCGAUUUCCUUCUGGUUCUAGAACACUAGACAAAGACACAGUGGGUGAACAAAAUAUUUUGAAUCCUUUUGCAGUACUUAUUUACAUUACCCUAGCUUUUGAUGUUAAUGCCAGCCCAGUGGUGCUAAUCUGUAACAUUUUAGGGACUCAAGAGAACAGCAAAGCCAUACGAUUUUACUGUCAAAGCUGGUCGAUUUUUGAUUUCUAUUAAAUGAUGACUUUUAAACCUUCGGUGGGAUUGUUUCAGAGACAGUAGCAUCUACCAAUCUGAGACAAGACAGCUCUUUGUAGAGCUUCUAGUGUCCUCGAGUGCAGCAGUCCUGACCCUAAUGGGCUCUUUAAGCCCAUGGUCAAUGUAAUUACCCAGUAGGGAAGAUUUUGCAAGCAAAUUUGUCAUUUUUAUACACUUUUCAAGUUAUCGUGCUUGUGCUUUCCCCCCCUUGUUUUAAUUGUUCACCGUAUUCGUCAUUAUUAGUUGUGCUUUAUGUAUUUGUGCUCUGAAUUGCUCUUUUUAGAUGUCUUGUAUAAAAUCAUACCCUUCAUUUUUCUCUGCCUAUAAAAAGUUGAUGUGAUGCUUUAUAUUUUUGUUUGUUAUUGUUGGUCUAUGAAUAAAAUCUAUAUCUUGUGGUGAUA